CCGGGAGGGUGUCGUGUCCCGCUCUGGCCUCAGGGCGGCACUCUGGGCUCGCGGCCGGCGCGCUCGGGCGGGCCACUGGGCGCCGCCGACCCACACUGGCCGGGAACGUGUCUCCCGGUGACGCAGCCCCGGGUGGGGAACGUGGUGCGGCUGGCGGCGGCGGCGGCGGGCUACGCGCUUGCACGGCCGGCGAGGGGACGUGCGGCGGCGCAGGGGCUGGAGCGGCGGGCGGGCGCCGGCCGAGCUGGGACGCAGGCGCGGUGCGGGGCAGUCGGUCCCGGGCGCGGCGCUCAACAAAGAGUGGGGCCGCCUCGGCUCAGGCGGAGCGGCGGGGCCGGAGGCUCCAUGUUGGGAAGCGGCGCGGCGCGUCCUCGUUAGCGGGAACCGGGGCGCCGCCGCGGGCAGAGCCGGCGGGGGCCGGGCCCUGAGCGAAGAUGGAGGCCCCGCUGCGGCCUGCCGCGGACAUCCUGAGGCGGAACCCGCAGCACGACUACGAGCUCGUUCAGAGGGUCGGCAGCGGCACCUACGGAGACGUCUAUAAGGCAAGGAAUAUACACACAGGAGAGUUGGCUGCAGUAAAAAUUAUCAAAUUGGAGCCUGGAGAUGACUUUUCUUUGAUUCAACAAGAAAUCUUUAUGGUUAAAGAAUGUAAACAUUGCAAUAUUGUCGCCUACUUUGGGAGCUAUCUCAGCCGGGAAAAACUGUGGAUUUGUAUGGAAUAUUGUGGUGGUGGAUCGCUUCAAGAUAUUUACCAUGUUACUGGACCACUAUCCGAAUUGCAAAUAGCUUAUGUGUGCAGAGAAACUUUACAGGGUCUUGCUUAUCUGCACACUAAAGGCAAAAUGCAUAGAGAUAUCAAAGGUGCAAAUAUUUUAUUGACAGAUCACGGUGAUGUAAAAUUGGCUGAUUUUGGUGUUGCUGCAAAAAUAACAGCUACAAUUGCAAAGAGAAAAUCUUUCAUUGGCACCCCUUAUUGGAUGGCCCCAGAAGUUGCAGCAGUGGAAAAGAAUGGGGGCUACAACCAGCUUUGUGAUAUCUGGGCAGUAGGGAUAACAGCGAUUGAGCUUGGAGAACUUCAGCCACCUAUGUUUGAUCUUCAUCCAAUGAGGGCUCUCUUCUUAAUGUCAAAAAGUAAUUUUCAGCCUCCAAAACUAAAGGACAAAACAAAAUGGUCAUCAACAUUCCAUAAUUUUGUCAAAAUAGCACUAACCAAAAACCCCAAAAAAAGGCCAACUGCCGAAAGACUUCUGACCCAUACUUUUGUAGGGCAACCAGGUCUCUCUAGGGCCUUAGCAGUUGAACUCUUGGACAAAGUGAACAAUCCAGACAACCAUGCACAUUACACUGAAGGUGAUGACGAUGACUUUGAGCCCCAUGCAAUCAUUCGUCAUACCAUCAGAUCUACAAACCGGAAUGCCAGAGCUGAAAGGACAGCUUCAGAAAUAAAUUUUGACAAAUUACAAUUUGAACCACCUUUGAGAAAAGAAACCGAAGCCCGGGAUGAAAUGGGUGUGUUCUCAGACCCAAACUAUGUAUUACAGUGGAAUCCUUUUGUUGAUGGUGCAAAUACCGGCAAAUCAACUUCAAAACGUGCAAUACCACCUCCCCUACCUCCUAAGCCAAGGAUAAACAAUUAUCCUGAAGACAACCUUCCUGAUGAAGAAAAAUCAUCAACUGUAAAACGGUGCCCUGAUUCAGAGAACAGAGCUCCCCAUGUUCUCCGAAGACAGAGUAGCCCGAGUUGUGUUCCAGUUGCCGAGGCAUCCUCUAUUGGUAUGGCUAGCAGUAUCAGCAGCCUUGGAGCGCAUACAGCCAGAUACUGUGAUCUGGGAAAUGGUGAUGGUAUUUCAAAACUGAUUAGUGAAAAUACAGAAGGAUCAGCACAAGCUCCACAAUUACCACGAAAAAAGGACAAGCGAGACUUCCCUAAACCUGCCAUCAAUGGCCUUCCACCUACCCCAAAAGUUCUGAUGGGAGCAUGUUUUUCCAAAGUUUUUGAUGGCUGUCCUUUGAAAAUUAAUUGUGCAACAUCUUGGAUACAUCCUGAUACAAAAGAUCAGUACAUUAUUUUUGGAACUGAAGAUGGUAUUUACACUUUGAAUCUCAAUGAACUACAUGAGGCAACCAUGGAACAGUUGUUUCCACGGAAAUGUACUUGGCUUUAUGUUAUCAAUAACACUUUGAUGUCAUUGUCAGGGAAAACUUUUCAGCUCUACUCUCAUAAUCUUAUAGCUUUGUUUGAACAAGCCAAAAAACCAGGAUUAGCUGCCCACAUUCAAACUCAUAGGUUCCCAGACCGCAUACUACCAAGAAAGUUUGCUUUGACAACAAAGAUUCCUGAUACAAAGGGCUGCCACAAAUGUUGCAUAGUCAGAAACCCUUACACAGGUCAUAAAUACCUCUGUGGAGCUUUACAGUCUGGAAUUGUUUUACUUCAGUGGUAUGAGCCAAUGCAGAAAUUCAUGUUGAUAAAGCACUUUGAUUUUCCAUUGCCAAGUCCUCUGAAUGUUUUUGAAAUGCUGGUAAUACCAGAACAGGAAUACCCUAUGGUCUGUGUAGCUAUUAGCAAGGGCUCUGAAUCAAAUCAGGUAGUUCAGUUUGAGACAAUCAAUUUGAACUCUGCAUCUUCAUGGUUUACAGAAAUUGGUGCAGGCAGCCAACAAUUAGAUUCCAUUCAUGUAACGCAAUUGGAGAGAGAUACUGUUCUAGUGUGCUUAGAUAAGUUUGUAAAAAUUGUAAAUCUACAAGGAAAACUAAAAUCAAGUAAGAAACUGGCCUCUGAGCUUAGUUUUGAUUUUCGCAUUGAAUCUGUAGUAUGUCUUCAAGACAGUGUGUUGGCUUUCUGGAAACAUGGAAUGCAGGGUAAAAGCUUCAAAUCAGAUGAGGUUACCCAGGAGAUUUCAGACGAAACAAGAGUUUUCCGCUUAUUAGGAUCAGACAGGGUGGUGGUUUUGGAAAGCAGGCCAACAGAAAACCCUACUGCACACAGCAAUCUUUAUAUCUUGGCUGGACAUGAAAAUAGCUACUGAGCAGAAGAAACUGAUCUUAAAUGUCAGGAAAAUGAAUAUGCUCCAUUGAAAGCAAAAAUAUUUUAAGGAUAUUUCAGUAUAUAAAUACACUAUGAUUUGCAUUAAUUGUUAGGGGAAUGAUCUGUACUUUAAGGUGGAAUUCAAUAUUUUCUGUAGCUGGAAACAGCUAUUCUAUCUCUUGCCACUGUGUGGUGGUUAUAUCAAGUUUGCUUAAUAAAAGCUAUGAAACAAGUAGUCCUCUAGUUCUAGGAAACAGUCUUUUUAAAAAGAUAAUGUUUAUAACAAGGGUGCCAUGAUAUUUUUAGAUUACAGUUCGUGUGAUUCUCUUCAAAGAGAUAAACUUAGUGACAGGUUUUUAUUUUAUACCAUGUUUUAGUCUUUUCUUAAUGAACAUAAUUUGAUAAAGAAAUUAUCAGAUAAGCCUUUUGCUUUUACAUUGACCAUUCUGUAUGUUUUUGUAAAAUAGAAUAUUUAAUCCUUAUUUAUUAAUCUCUUGCUGAAGUGGUGUAAUGUAUCUAACUUUUGGCAGAGGAGGGUUUGCAGCUUAAAUUUUUUAUGAUGUAUAAAAAAAUUGUUUACCUUUUAAGAAUAGUACUUUGAGGGGUUAAACGGCAGUUUUGAGAUUCAGUACAUACAAUUUUGUUUAACACAAGUAUUUUUUUGUAAUACUGUAUCAUGCAGAGUUGCCAUGAGAAGAGGUUUUGUGUUUUCAGCUGCAGGUAGUUUUAGGAGAUGUACACAGAGACACGAUACACAAGAGACUGAUGAUGGUUGAAAUAUUGUUAGAAAGGGUGUGUAUAGGUGUGACCACCAUAUAUAUAUAUAUGUAUGUAUUCUUGACAAGCAGUGUAAUACACCUGUGAUUUUUUUUUACAUUAGGGAUAUGCAUAAGAACUUAAUCUUCAUAUAUAUUAUCAUCCCUAGUGUGGGGGGUGGGGAGUAUUUAACUGCCCAUGAUAUGUAUUUUACUUAUACUAUGCGAAUGGGGAAACUGUUAAGCAGCUACACUUUUAUUCUUGGAUUUUUCACAUAUGUAGGUAUGCAUUUUGAGUGGGUUGGGGGGGUGGGAUUUUACCUGAAAUUGAGUUCCUGGUGGGUUAGUAAAUAAGUAUUAUAAAAAUCAGUGUUUCAGUAAUAAGGAUAAGAUCAGUUUCGAGCUGGCUUCUCUUUUGCAAUUGAUGGUAUUUAAAGUGGUACAUGUUAUCUUAGUACACUUAUUGAAAACAGAAUUGAGAUGAAGAACAAAAGGUUACCAGCAGCAAAUUAUGGGUUUAUUCUGACCAGUUACAUAUGAGGAAGAAAGUAGAACUGUCUCAUUCCAUUUUUUCAGCAAGUCUGUGAAAAAGGUGUCAUCUCCAUUUUUCAGUUGAGGAAAUAGCAGUAUAGCAAGGUCAAGAGACUUACCCUGUUCCUACGGCAAGUUAGUGGUUGAGCCAGAUCAUGAGUCUUCUGACUCUGUUCUUUUCACUAUGCAAACAAUAAAAUGUUAUAAAAUUAAAAUAUAAAUUAUUUGUCUUUUUUUGUUUUUAUAAUUAUUGAGGUUAACUAGAUUUAUAUUGGUGUUAAUAUUUAUGCUUUAUCUGUU